AUCAUCUUAAAUUCAGCAUCAACAAGAAACAGAAAAUUCAUACAUCUCAAGAAGACUUAGAACAAAAUAAAACCGAUUUAACUGAUGAAAUUAAUAAAAAUAUAGCUUCUUUUAAAAUAAAUGAUGAUUUAACUUUUAAAAAUUCGGAAAAAUGGUCAUUAGAUAUAUCGAGCAUGAGAAAUUAUAAUGUUGGUAAUUUUAUUUUUGUUGCUGUUUCCUGCAUUGAUGUUGAGAAGGAUAUGAAAAAGAAAGAAAAGAAAGAUAAGGCAGAUAUGAAAUAUAUGAUUAAUGUGGAGGUGCAAACGAAGGAAAAUAACUACAAAACACCACAAGAAAAUAUUAUAAUGAAUGUUCCUGAUAAAAGAACUGCAAUAUAA